AUGGUCGACGCCGACGAUGGAGCUGGCCCCUCCGGCCCGCUUGAUGGCAUCUCGGGCAAUCUUGGUUCAAAAUACACCGUGCUGUCCAUGUUCGUGAUUCUAUUCCUAUCACUGGCCUUAUACAACGCCAUCGAACUCAUAGUCCUCGUGCUUUUAUCAUUCAAGCGGUUCCGAGGCCUCUAUUUCUGGAGUCUUCUCUUGUCCGGACUGCUUGGGGUCGUUCCUUACUCGGUCGGAUUUAUUCUCAAAUUCUUCAGCCAAGUGAACGUAUGGGUAUCUGUCAGUAUUCUGACAGUUGGAUGGUGGGUGAUGGUGACUGGCCAAUCACUAGUCCUUUAUUCCCGACUUCAUUUGGUCAUGCGUGACCAGAAAAGACUGCGUCGUUUGCUAUACAUGAUCAUGGUUAAUUUUGUCAUCUUGCAUCUCCCAACAUCUGUUCUGACAUAUGGGUCGAACGUUCACAACGCCACUUCAUCCCGGUUUAUCAACGGCUACAAUAUCAUGGAGAAGAUCCAAAUGACUGGGUUUAGUAUCCAAGAAACCGUCAUAUCAGGCUUCUAUCUAUACGAGACUGCUAGACUCCUCCGUCUUUCUAAUAAUUCACACUCCCACCGCCGAACACAAUAUCAACUCAUUGGAAUCAACAUCAUCAUUAUCCUCAUGGACCUCGUCCUCCUUGGCUUCGAAUACGCCAGCGAAUACGCAAUCCAGAUCACACUAAAAGCCGCCGUCUACAGUCUCAAACUGAAACUCGAAUUCGCCGUCCUCGGCAAACUAGUCGACUUCAUCCGCACGAACCGCGAUAAUUCUCGAAGCGGAAUGCCCAUGGAUAGCACAGCGCAGCGCUACGCUGGCCAAGAUGCCGGCUUACCAUCCACACGCGCCGAUGACGCACAUUUUUACGGCAAAUCGACCGCAACAGUAAUGCGCAGAGACCCAUCUAAUUCUAGCGAAGAGCAUUUGAAUAUUCCGUCCGGUAUCAUCGUCGCCAAAACCGAGUUUUCGACGACGAUAGACAAGCGGGAUCGAUCUUCUUUGAAUCUGGAUGACUCAGACUGA